GAUAUUUCUUUUUGCUAUAUAUAUAUUUUUAAGUUUAAUGCUAAUUAAAUAAAAUGUCCUUCCCUUUGCACCUCUCAGAGGCUGCUUCACUUUCGGAAACCGCUUUUUGUGGGCGGCCUCAGCAUGUUGGGGAGCAGAGGGCAGCAGGCGAGGCUCAGACACCCAACGUCGCUUCACCCAGCUUUACCUCCAGGAAAAAAAAAAAUAUAUAUAUAUAUAAAAUAAUAAUAAUUUUCUUUUUCUGCCCCUGCACCUGGCUCUGCUGCUCCCUGGGGACUGCUGGCGAUGGCGCUGACAACGGUUUACACCGACCUGGAAUUGCCACCGGGUCCCAGAGGCAUCCCACAGCUCUCAAAGCCUCCCAGACGCUGGUGGUACUGGGUGAUACUGGGAGCUGGAUUGCUUGGGGCCACCUUCUUGGCAAACAUCGUGCUGAGGCUACUGCAGCAACACGUUUCAGAUGGAAACAGCCUCAAUCCCACUGGCUCAUGCUCCUGGGAAUCCUGCCUGGGCAAGGACACCCCCAGCUCCAACUGCUCCCUGAACUACUUCCAGCUGGGGCUCAGAGAGCGGCUGUGCGAGGCCAAGAGCCACCAGGCACCAGGUGCCGAGGGCUGCUGGCUCUGCCCUGCGGGCUGGCAGCCCUUCGCCACCAAAUGCUACUGGGUUUCUGCAAAAACCCUGCCCUGGGAAGAGGCAGGAGGUGACUGCAAGGACAGGAGGGCAGAGCUGGUGGUGCUGAAGAGCAUGGAGGAGAAGGACUUCACUGGGGCCAUGAGCAAAGAAAUACCAGGGAGCUGGACGGGGCUCAGCACCAUCCCGACUCAGGGCGAGGAGUGGACGUGGAUGGAUGGAUCCCCUUUGCAGGAUGAUUUGCUGCAGGUGGUGGGGGAAAGGAGGGUGAAUGCCUGUGCGGCGAUAUCGAAGGGGCAGCUCCGCUCCCACUUGUGCAGCAUGCCGUUGCAUUGGAUUUGCCAGAAAGAGGCCACCAAGAUUUAAGCACAGCUUCAACUGAGGGAGCCACGACAAGGCACAAACGGGAUGGGACACGGCACCAGGAUGCCAAAAAGCAGCUCCAGAGCUUCGAGGCUGGUGGCUUCUCCCAGCUCUGCUUCGUUCCUCUGCUUUCCCUUUCUCCUCCUACCUCUGAAUCCCGUAAAAAAGGGCAUCAAGCCCUCAAGCUUCAGAGUGCUGGACAAAUGUUUUUUCCAAACCUUUUGGAUAUUCCCAAGUCUCUCUGCAACUGCCGGAAGACACGAGUGGCUGAAGGAUCCUUUGAUCCCAGAGCUCCACGCUGUUGUUUCGAGGAGUUUCUACUUCUGCAAGCUGAAGUUAAAAUAAAUUAAGACAUUUCUUUAAAUAAGGCACCGUCAGGAUCCCUACACAAGGGGGUUUAAUGAUAGCAGCUUUCUCUUCGUCAUCUUCACGGCGUAAAUUCGGAGGCGACUCCAGGAUGCAGGAGGAUGCUGCAGGGGGGCAGCUCAGGGCUCUCCUCCAACUAUGCUCCCCCAGUCAUGGACAUCGAUAGUAAUAGCAUGGGCGUUGAUAGUAAUAGACUUAAAGGAUUGUUUGUUACCUUUUCUGAUUGUACAUAUGUAUAGCCGUACUCGGGUUUGGUAUGUAAAAGCAAUGUUCUGUAUAUCUAGAAAGUUUGAUGUUCUUGUGUACAUGUUGGUAGAGCAUAGACUCCGCAUGCACCCAUCGCUCUUUUCUUGCCUUUUAUAAAUAUUACUAAAUUCAGAUUGAGUUGAGACUUCAUUUAUACCAAUGGCAAAGUUUUCCAAAUUCUGGCAAGUCUUUUACAAACAAUCCUUUAAGUUUAUUACUAUUAAUGUGCAUGACUGGGGAAGCAUAGUUGGAGUUGGUAAUCCUGGUUGAAGUGCUCCCGUAUCUUCUAUGACUUCAUUAAAUUCUCUCAGAUAAUAUAACAGUCUCCAUUUUCCAUUCCUUUUCUUGAUUACAAAUGGCAGAGAAUUCCAGGGCUAGUCGUGUGAACAAUAUAUCUUGCUUUAAGUUCAGCAACUCAGCCUUCGGGCCUUAAGUAUCCUAAUCUUCCCGGAUCGAAGGGAAACGUUCCCAGCUCCUUUUCAAGGCCAAUAGGGCCUGGAUCAAAAGGCAUGUUCAGGUCACCAGGGGGCAAAACAGAAAAGGCCUGCGAUGGCGGUAGCUGAAAGAUGGUGACAAGGAAGAGUCACCAACCUUCAUCCCUACGACCCACAGCAACCACCACUAGGAGACACUGUGCAAGCGCAGAUUCGGGGAGCAUAUCGAAAUGACUUCUUGAACUAAUUUUAAUAUGAAGCAGGAACAGGUCAUGCAUAUGUAUAGGCUCAUUGUGAAACGUCAUGCAUAUAUAGCUCCUUACUGCUUAUAACCGUGGCAAGUUGCCGUGUCAGUUGCGAAAGACUUUGGUGGGACGAGCCCCGUUCUGCCCAGCACUAAAUAAACAUACCUACUUUACAAUC